AUGGCAAUGCCAGAGCAGUUUUCUUUGAGAUGGAAUGAUUUCCACUCAAAUUUAUCCCAGUCUUUUCAAGCAUUAUUGGAAGGAGAAGAUCUGGUAGACGUGACGUUGGCGGCUGGUGGUCAGUACGUUCACGCUCACAAGCUCAUUUUAUCCGUCUGCAGCCCAUACUUCAAAGAGUUAUUUAAGAUGAACCCUUGUGAGCAUCCCAUAGUGAUUCUUAAAGAUGUAGCUCACCAAGAGUUAAGGCAGCUUUUACAAUUUAUGUACCGUGGGGAGGUUCAUGUACGGCAACAAGAACUUUCUGGCUUUUUACACACUGCUGAACUGCUACAAGUAAAAGGGCUUACAGGUGGUAGAGAGAAAAGUGAAUCACCACCUCCUGUGUCCGAAGAGGAUACAUCUAAUAGCAGGCCUCAUGUGUUGGAGCCUAUGUCGGACAGUCUACCUGAAUGGGUUCCAUCUGGAGAAGAGACUGCGCCUGAAGCUUCACAAGAAUCAACAGGAUCUGUGGUCCCCAAAGAGGAGGCCACCAGGAGUCCUCUGAAACGAUUAUUAAAGAACACGACUAACAAGAACAGCUACAAUUCGAAUAAGAAGAAACCACGGCCAGUAAACGAUAGUCCAUCUCAUGCUGAAAACACUGAAUAUGCUUCUGACGGCGAGCCAAUGAUCGACUUCGACAACGACAUGUUUCACAACGUUCUCGUAUUACCAGAUUCGGGCAAAGAGUCGGGAUGGAAUUGCAAAUCGGGCGGUGUCAAGUGUCCGUCUUGCCACCGAUUUUUCGCGAAUCGAUACAACCUGAAGGUCCAUAUAAGGGACAAACAUGACACAAGGGAGGGUACGUUGCAAUGUGACAUAUGUCAGAAACGUAUGAGGAACCCGUCGUGUCUCCGCGUCCAUAUGUACCACCAUCGCAAGCAAGCGGCCUAUCUAGCCCAGUUGAGUGCACAAGGGGACCAGAUGAGACACGUCGUUCAAAACAUGGUUGGAAACAAAUGGCGUAACGAAGCAAACUCCGAAUUAAGAGAAAUUGACAACUUAUCGGCAUCCACACCGGGCGAGCCGACCAAGUCGGGUGAGGUGUCCAUCCAAGAGGCCACGCUCCCGAAGGCCGAAGCAAACCAGGCCGUA